CGACCAAAUGCCACUGCUGCUCACCUCCUCCGCCUCCUCGGCGCUACCGCCGCGGUCGGCCGCGUCGUUCAGGGCCCUCGUUAGGGUUGCGGCUUCCGCCGACGCCGACGCCAUCGCCGCUGCCGGGGACCGCGGCGGGUUCCCGCCAUUCCUUCCCCGGGAGGUGGAGCGCAUCCGUGACGGCGCCGCCGUCCGCCUGGCCAAGCGAAUCGAGCGGGUGCCCGUCCAGACCGGCUUCUCGAAGAGCCCAAUACUGAGCAGCUGCGUGAGGCCGCUCGAGCAGCAGCAGGGGAGUGAUCCGGUCGUUCUGCUCCACGGCUUCGACAGUUCUUGUUUGGAGUGGACAUACACCUACCCGUUGCUCGAGGAGGCCGGACUGGAGGCUUGGGCUGUGGACAUCCUUGGAUGGGGCUUCUCUGAUUUAGAAACACGGCCACCAUGUGAUGUUGUGUCGAAGCGCGAGCAUCUUUACCAGUUCUGGAAAUCCUACAUCAAAAGGCCUAUGGUGUUAGUUGGGCCCAGCCUCGGUGCUGCUGUUGCCAUUGACUUUUCGGUCAACUAUCCAGAAGCGGUAUCAAAAUUGAUCUUCAUUGGUGCAAGUGUAUAUUCUGAGGGCCCAAAAUAUAUGACUAGAAUGCCUAUAUUUGUUUCAUAUGCCGGGGUUUCUAUACUGAAGAGUCUUCCACUGCGAUUGUUUGCUACACACUUGGCGUUUAACAAUAUUCCAGGUGGAUUCUUUGAUUGGCUGCAAAUCAGCCGUCUACAUUGCCUACUUCCCUGGUGGGAAGAUGCUACAGUUGAUUUUAUGAUUAGAGGGGGUUAUAAUGUCAUAAACCAAAUAAAACAGGUAAAGCAUAAAUGCCUUAUCUUAUGGGGAGAGGAUGAUGGAAUAAUAAGCAGCAAACUAGCAUAUAGAUUGCAUCAGGAACUCCCGGAUGCGAUUUUAAGGCAGGUACCGCAGUGUGGUCAUAUUCCUCAUGUCGAAAAGCCAAGGGAAGUGGCGAAACAUGUUCUUGAGUUCCUAGCAAGAAGUAAAACAAAGAUGUCUUGUUGAUCGUAGAUGAAGCAGUGCAGAGCGGUCGCGCAGGUGCGCUGCUCAGAAACCUUAUUUCCGUCCUUCGUGCGGGCUUCACGACGACAGAGGCUCGGAGAUACUGCUCACCCUCUAACCUUGUGCACGGCAAGGAGAAGGGCCGGCGAGAUCCGGCAGCACAGCACACAAGACAGUGAUCUAGAUGGGUGGAGAAGAAAAUGUGGAGCAGAGAUAUGUGUCCUUAAAAGCCUAGACGUCUUCAGGAUUUAUAGGGAAAUAGCUGUCCUCUUGGAGCCGUUUUCUCUCAUAAAGUGUCCACUAAUUGUUGCCUCCAUAACUGACCAAUAACCCUUAGAAUUAAGGCAUUGAUCGUGAUUAAAACGGCUGAUUAUAACAUUAAUCACAAUUAAAAAUGGAGAGCAGCAAAAGGGCUUGCAAUUUUUUGCUACCACGCCACGCCAUGGCCGCGCGUCACAAGUCAUACGGAUAUUCAUAUGAAAAAUACGCGAAUACGCGCGUGCGUGUGAAUAUAGCAAAGCAUACUCUCUCUUUCUCAUUUUCUCUAUUUCAAAGAGGUUAGAGAACUUAAAUAUUUAAGUUGA